AUGGAGAAGGGACACAGCUCGAUAACCCAGCCGCCGUCUUCGCCGUCGAGACUUGGCAAGCGACUGAUGCUUGCCGGCACAGUCGCUUUGAUCGGGUUCGGUAAUCUCUACCUGCACCAACACCAUCUGUUAGGUUGGGAGUGUUACGGGACAAGCCACGACCAUAAAUGUAACUCGGCACUGACGCAAGACUCCCCUUUUGGUCGCUUUCCUCUUCCUCGAGACCCUUUCCGUCUCAUUCCUUGUACGAACGCGUCCAUUCCGCCGCCACUCGAUGAUCCUUAUCCUGAACAGACUUGGGCGGAGCGCUUCGACCCAGACCCCUCUCAUUGGAGCUGGGGCAACAAGACUGUCUCCAUUGAGGGCGAUACCGACCCUUACUCUGAUCGCGGCAUCUACCUCUGCGGUUACUUGGAAGUGCCUCUAGACUACACCAACAAGUCGGACGAGCGGAUUGUUCGGCUAGCCAUUACGAAGUAUCAGGUCUCUGGAUUGGCUCGCGUCGGUAAACCUGUCAAUGACUACAGCAACCCGCCUCCAGGCGGCAAGAGUCAGCGUACUAUCGUUAUCGAGCCUGGCGGACCGGGUGGCAGCGGAACCUCUUACGCUUGGAGGGUUGCGGAACAAGUUUCUAAGCGCCUCAGUGAUAGCACCCUCGAUAUCCUGGGCUGGGAUCCGAGGGGAGUCAACAUCACUCAACCCUCCAUUGCCUGCUUUCCCUACGAUGUCGACCGGGACCACUGGUCGCUCAUAACCGGACAGUAUUUGGAAGUGUCCGACGUAAAGCACCAGCUCAAUCUUGCGGAUGCCAUGAACGACGCAACUUUCAAAGCCUGCUGGGAGACUUACGGAGAUCUGGGUCGUUUUGUCGGCACCGCCUUUGUUGCACGAGACAUGGAGGAGAUCAGGAAGGCCCUUGGUGAGGAUGAACUGACGGGCUAUCUCGUCAGUUAUGGAACUGGUAUCGGACAGACGUAUGCGAACCUGUUUCCCGAUAGCGUCGGCCGCAUAAUUCUGGACGGAACCGAGUACGUACGUGAUCAUCGUCUGCUUGGCGGCUUUGGAUGGACUGCCCUUGACAACGCUACGGAUGCGUGGUACGAUGGCUUCCUAGGCGAAUGCAUCAACGCCGGACCAGACCAUUGCGCUCUAGCGAAACCCAAAGACGACGAGCCAGUCGUUCUCAAGGAACUGGACGCUCGGCUGAGAACGCUGAUUUCUUCGCUCGUUGACCGUCCAAUGAUUGGUUAUACAAAGAACAGUGGCCCAUCACUCGUUACCUACUCGGGUCUCGUUUCCGCCAUCUACAGCUCAAUGUACAACGCUCAAAGCUGGCCGGCUCUAGCGAAAAUGCUGUACGAGCUAGAACAAGGCAACUCUACACUGGCAGCUGCGUUCCUAGAGCACGCUUUCUGGGGAUACGACCCUACGUUGCCAGCCACACCUAACAAGCGGCCUUCGUCAGAAGAACUCGGCUCCCUAGUUAUCUGCGCCGACUCUUACGAUGCACCACUUCCACCCAAUGGACUAGACUGGUGGGAAUCUCUGUGGGCUAACAUGACUGCCAAGUCCUGGAUUUCGGGCAAUUCUCGAUUUUUCAACGUCUUCCCCUGCCAGCAAUUCACAAAGUACUGGCCCAAGCCCGCUGGGAUCUACCGCGGCGAUCUCAACCAUACCCUCAAGAACCCAGUUCUUCUCAUCGCAGAGACAUACGAUCCGGCAACGCCACUGCGCAACGGUCGAAGACUUUUGAAUGAGAUGGGACGGAACGCGAGACUGAUUGCGCAUCAUGGCUAUGGCCAUUCGUCAAGAGACACGUCCAACUGCACCGACUCGAUUGCCAAGACGUACAUCCUGGAGGGAACGCUGCCCGAUGAGGCCGAGACGGCUUGCUAUGCAAACGAGAAGCCGUAUCUUUAUGGUUUAAAGGAUAAGAGUGUGAAGACUUUGGUCAACGGGGACAUGGAUCCUAUUGGCAUGUGGCGUCAGCACCUUCACGAGAUGGCUGUCAUGAGGAUUUGA